AAACUGAAUUAAAGAAUAUGAUCACAAAGAGGAGAGAUAGAGCCAGAGAGAGUGAAUAAAGAAAUCACCAAAUUCAAUUUUCUUUUUCUGUUUUCAUUACAGCCAGCUCUCCCUCCAUGUUUGUAAAACUGUCUCUCUUCAUCCAUCAACAUGCUGCAUUCCCUUCCCCAUAGAUGAUUGCAUUCAAGAGGACCCAAAAAGUUGAGUGUUUGCCCUGUUAGCAUUUCUCUGGGUGCCCUGUUUUUUUGUUUCCAAAAUGGCGGAGACUGUAGCCACAUUUACGUUUUCUGUCGGGUCAAUGGUUGAAGAAGUUCUUCAGCAGCAAGGCCCCAAAUUGGUCGAGGCCAAUGUGCCAUCCAAGCCUAAUUCAAAAAUCGCAACAAAAAGAAAUGAUGCAACAAGAUGGCUAAGAAAGUAUGUAGGUGUGGUGGCUGCAAAAGAUUUGCCAGCCGAGCCUUCAGAAAAUGCUUUUAGGAUGGGGUUAAGAAGUGGAAUUAUUUUUUGCAAAUUUAUUAACAAGAUUGAACCCGGUGCAAUUUCUAAAAUCGUGGAAGCACCCUUUGAUUCUGUUAUUAUACCAGAUGGAGAACCUCUAUCUACAUCCCCAUACUUUGAAAAUAUCACAAAUUUUCUUUCAGCCAUAGAAGAAAGGCAACUUCCAUCUUUUGAAGCCUCAGAUUUAGAACAGGGGGGAAGGUUAUUAAGAGUCGUGAACUGUGUACUAGCCUUAAAAGCAUAUGGUGACUGGAAAAAGGCAGGUGCAAAUGGGAAGUUUAGGUGGGGGUAUCGGAAACCCUCUUCAGAAAGGAAAGAAAUGGUUCAUAAAUCAUUGGAUAUGGAUAAAUGUGAUGAUCUUUGGAAAGAAGAAGUUAAGGAUAAGCCCCUUCAAGAACGUGUCCGUGAUCUUCUUUCAAAUCAUACGCCACGAGAUGUUCCUAUAGUUGUUGAGAUUGUGCUAAGCAAACUCACAAAGGAGUUGGAACGUAAAGUGGAAACCCACAAAGAACAGAUUGCUGCAAAUCCUCCUAAAGAAACUGACCCAAAUAAAGCUCUUCGUAGAGCUAAAACUAAAGAUGCAAAGUCCUUGGAUAGAAGAAAGUCUAAAAAAGAAGAAUUUAUAAAGAUGCUUAAUAAGGAGAAGGAUGAAAAUGCUAUUCCAGAGACCAGGAGAAAGGAAGAGAAGAAGUCGUUUAGUUCUAUAAUAAAUGAGAUGAAAAAGAAAGCAACCGAAGAUGCUGUGAAAUCUCCUAUGGAGAUUGAAAGGAGAACACCCACAUCCACAUUUGCCAAAAAGUGGGGUGAUGUAGCUAAUGAGAAAGCAAACACGGAUACCAAGAAGUGGGGUAGUGAUAUCAAUAAUGAGAUGGAUAAAAAAUCAACCACAGAUGUUGUGAAGAAUGAUCUGAUGGAAAAGAAAGCAACCCCAGAUGUCAAAAAGUCAACUGUUGAUGUAAGUGUCAAGAUGGAAGAGAAACCAACCACGAUUGCAAUUCCCAAAACAGAUUCGGUUCCUUCCAAGAAUAUAAUAAGUUAUGAGUUGGAAGAGGAAGAGGAAGAGGAAAGUGAAGAGGAAGAGGAAAGUGAAGAAGAGGAAGAUAGCCCAGAGUCAGGUAGUGAGAAAGGUGAGGAGGUGGAAGAGGAAGAAGAAGAGGAGAAGGAAGAGGUGGAGGAAGAGGAAGAGGCAGACGAAGAAGAAGAAGCCAUGGAAGCGGAGCAUGAUGCAAUGCAGAAGGAGAUGGAAUCAGAGCUUUUGGAAAUGCAAAACACAGAUACAAGUGACAUGAGUGAUGCGAUGAAGAAAGAGAUGGAACUUAAGAUAAUAGAAAAGAAGAAAGAGAUGGAGAGAAAGGAGAUGGAAAUGAAGAAAGAGAUGGAAAGACUGGAGAUGGAGAAGAAGAAAGAGAGGGAAGCAAAGGAGCUACAGAAGAAGAAAGAGAAGGAAGAGAGAGAACUUCAGAAGAAGAGAGAGAGGGAGCAGCAGGAGUUGCAGAGGAAGAAAGAGAGAGAACAGAAGGAGUUGGAGAGGAAGAGAGAGAGGGAGCAGAAGGAAGCAGAGAGGUUGAAAGGGAAGGAACAGAAGGAGGAGGAAAAGAGGAAAGAGAGGGAACAGAGGGAGAUGGAGAAGAAGAAAGAGAUGGACAAAAUGGAAACGGAGAAGAAGGCGAAAAAGGAAAUGAAGGAGAAUGAAAGGAAGAAAGAGAUGGAAAGGAAGAUGGAGAUUGAAAAGAAGAAGGAAAUGGAAAGGAAGAAAGAGAUGGAAAGGAGAGCAAUUGAAGAUGCCAAGGAUAAGAAAUACUAUGAUUGGGUGAAUUCUGAAUGCAACAGGUUAAAAACCAGUUCUGAAAAGCAGCAAAAGCUGGUUGAUUUCCAGAAUAAAAAGCUACAAGCAUUGAAAAAUCUGUUUGCUACUGCAAAAGCAGAUUUGGAGACACUACGAACAAACUAUCAAAAGGAGUUCAAUACUUUAGGCAAUCAGAUGCGUAAUCUGGCUCAAGCUGCAUCAGGAUACAAGAAAGUUGUAGAAGAAAACCGAAGGCUGUAUAAUGAAGUUCAAGAUCUAAAAGGAAAUAUCAGGGUGUACUGUAGAUCCAGACCCUCUGGGGGAAAAGCAGGCUGUGUUGAUUGCAUAGAUGAGGGAACCAUGGAGAUUAUCACAGGUGUUAAAAAUGGGAAAGAAAUCCGCAAACCAUUCACUUUUAAUAGAGUUUUUGGUCCAGGUGCAACUCAAGCUUUGGUAUACAAAGACACCCAACCGUUGAUCCGUUCUGUUCUUGAUGGAUACAAUGUUUGCAUAUUUGCAUAUGGGCAGACAGGAUCUGGGAAAACUUGGACAAUGACUGGACCUGAUGUUUUUACAGAAGAGACAAUGGGAGUAAACUACAGGGCACUAAAUGAUUUGUUUGGAAUCCGAGAAGAAAGGAAGGGCAUGAUUUCCUACACAGUUUCUGUCCAGAUGCUUGAAAUUUAUAACGAAAUGAUCAGAGAUCUCCUGCUGACAGAUGGAGUUAGCAAGAAAUAUCCUUUUCCCUAUCAUGCGGAUGGUAUAAAUGUACCAGAUGCAAAUCUUGUACCAGUUACAACAACAGAAGAUGUUAUCCGUUUAAUGAAUCUUGGCCAUAAUAAUCGUGCUGUGGGGUCCACUCAAAUGAACGCACGUAGUAGUCGUUCUCACAGUUGCCUUACGGUUCACGUUGCUGGAAAGGACCUGACGACGGGUACAACGGUGCGAGGUUGUAUGCAUCUGGUGGAUCUUGCUGGAAGUGAAAGAGCGGAUAAAACAGAGGCUACAGGUGAUAGAUUAAAGGAGGCAACUUUUAUAAAUAAAUCACUUUCUGCUUUAGGAGAUGUUAUCGCCUCUCUUGCACAAAGAAGUGCUCAUGUUCCUUAUAGGAACAGUAAACUCACCCUCUUGCUUCAAGAUGCUCUUGGAGGGCAAGCCAAGACACUUAUGUUUAUUCAUGUAAGAGGUGAUCCGGAUACAGUUGGAGAAACAAUCAGCACAUUGAAAUUUGCUGAAAGGGUGUCUAGUGUUGAACUUGGGGCUGCUAAAUCCAACAAAGAUAUCAUAGAACUCAAGGAGUUGAAAGAACAUGUUGCUUUUCUUAAGUCACAAUUGGAGAAGGCAGGAGGAGAGCUUCCAGAUAUGGAGUCUGGGGAUGUGGGAGAUGGUGAUGGCCAAGAUGCAAGCACUGAAGCCAAGAAAGCUGCUCCUGCAGCAGCAGCAGCAGCAAAAACCCCAAGUGCCAAGGCAGCAGCAGCACCGGCGAAAAAAGCGGCUGCUAGUUCACCAGCUGCAAAGACUGCUGCAAAGCCGGCUCCUAAAAAGAAGUAAGUGUUGCUAUUCUAUUCUAUGGUGGAUCUAUCAAGGAACAAAUUUAUUCCAAUCCUUCUAAAUGAGUGAGUGAAAGAAUAUGUAUAUAGUUAUAGUUAGGUAAAAACAGAGGGAGGGAUGGGGGUUCUUUUUGGAAAAUAUGGAAGUUGAUUUUUGGGGGUGGUGUUCUUUAGUCUUUGUUGUUCAUAAAGAAAAUGGAAGAAUAUUUUAUAGGUAUACAG